AUGCUUCGUGGUCUGUUAGAGCUUUAGCGAUAAAGCGUUGGCAGAUCGCUGGAAGCGUCUGAGUGGAUCUCGACUGCGUAAAGUUAAACAUCGAAUUGAGCCGCGUACAAGUGAACGAGCCAGGAUACUGUCGUGUUUGUUCUGCAGUGCAACUCGAGUCUGGGUCUCUCUUCGAACCGAGCGACCAUGAAGGCUUUCGGGUGUGUAGCCGCGCUCGUUUGUGUCACAAUUGGAUUCGCAUCUGCGGGUCCAGUGGCCGUGAGCGGCGAUGGCAGCACUUCCAUGUGUGAUAUCCAAUGCGGUACUCAAAACAAAUUCAAGUACAGUCCCGGUCAGAGUUAUGUCUACAAGUACUCGACGAAAACAGAAACCGCUCUCGAGCAGAGCUCCGACGAGAAAUCCACCAUGUAUCUCGACGCUGAAAUCAGUCUCCACGUCAUCGAUUCUUGCCGAUUCGCCCUGAAGGUGGACUCUGCAAAACUGGACGAGGAGCUUGCGGGCGGUGUCCGCAAAGCUUCGCUCGGAACUCAGGAACUCGCCGAGUCUCUGAUGAGGAGCCCGCUCGUUUUCAACUAUGAAAACGGCGUCGUGAGCCGACUGUGCCCGGCCGUGCACGAGUCGAAAUCCGCUUUGAACAUCAAGAGAGGAAUUCUGUCAAUGAUCCAAAACAAAAUGGCAGAUUUGACCAAGGACGACACUACUUUCGAGGACGACGUCGUCGGAGAAUGCCGCGCGGUAUACACUGUGCAGAAAGGUUUCGGCAAUCAAGUGAACAUCGUCAAAGAGAAGAUGUUGUCUGAAUGCAAGCGCGACAACGACCAACAGGUUAUCAACGCAAUCGCCCUGCCCCGUCGAAUGGCGAAAUCUUCGUCGAUGAUCAACGGAACUCAAGAAUGUCGACAGGUCAUCAAGGACUCAAUCUACCAGAGUGUGGAAUGUCACGAGCGUCACGUCGUGAAACCCUUCAGCCGUCAGGAGAAAGGCGCCGCGACCGAAAUCCAACAGAGUCUUCGAUUCCAGCGAAGUGGAGCGAAUAUUCCUGUCAACGAGUUGCGUUACCCUGAAGCCGAGGAGGAAACCAUGCAAUUCGACCCCAUCGCUGAAUCUGAAAGCGCGGACAACCAAAUGGAAAUGAGGGCCAAGGCCAUCAUCCAACGGCUAGCGGGCGGAAAGAACGAGGACAUCAAGGAAACGAACGCUCAGUUCUCGGAACUCAUGGAAUCUCUCCGCAAAUUGCGCUACGACUCCUUGAAGAAGCUCGCGACCGAGUUCGGAAACGAGCCCCGAUUCGUCGACGCUCUCACGAGCACCUUGAGCGGUGACGCCAUGAAACUCGUUGCGGAACGCGUCAAAGGACGACUUUUGAGCACUCAAGACGCAAAACUCUGGCUCUUCCGAGUCGCGCUCGCGACUGAUGUUGAUGCUUCCCGAAUUCAGAUGCUCAUGGGGAACACCUCUCUCUUAAAAUGGUGCCUGAUAUUUGGUCGAUGCGUGAUAGCGUCCCGUGGCUGGGCUUUGACUUGUGACGCAAAGCGAAUCGUGGACGAGGUCUGUGACGCGAAUCGCGCCUCGGUCACAGCUAAUGGAGCGGUCGAGAUCCUCAAUCAUUGUCCUUGUUCAUUUGUCAGAAUACUCAGAAUACUCUCGUUCUUCCCUCAGCCCCUGCUCGAAUCAGAGGACAUCGUCGUUGAAGCGCACCUCGCCGUUUCUUCACUCGCUAGAACCUACAUGGAAGAGAAUCCGACGGAGAUUCCCGAGGAGAUCCACGACCUGCUCCGUAAGCUCUACGCUCAAUUGAAACCCGAGACUGAUAGCAAAACCUUGUUGGCCACCCUCAAGGCCAUCGGCAAUCUCGGCAUCAGCAAUGGCCAAGAGCAGAAGCUCCUCGAGACCACCGCUCAGAAGAGUCUGGAGACUCGCCUCGCCGCCAUCGAAGCCUUCCGCCGUUUCCCCUGCGACACGGUCAAGCGCGAUAUGCUCAUGAACAUCUUCACCCGGCAAUCGGAGGACACUGAGCUUCGAGUCGCCGCUUAUCUCAACUCGAUCAUGUGUCCCACCGAGAAAAUGCUCGCUACCGUCAGAGACACGAUCAUGAAAGAGCCGAAAGACAGUCAAAUGUCCUCCUUCGUCUUCACCCACGUCACGAACCUCGCCAAGCGCUCAUCGUUCCACGAGGACGUCUCUAUCAUCACGUCGAACGAAAGCCUGAAAUCGCUUGAGCUCGACCGGCCGCAGUAUUCGAAGAAUUAUUUCUACGAGAUGUUCUUCAAUCCGUUGGACAUGGGAUUCGAAAUCGACGCCAACUCCAUCUUCACUAAUAAAGUCAGCUCCUUCAUGCUGAACAGCACAUUCGAUAUUUUCGGCCACAAACUCAACAUCUUGGACUCCAAGGUGCGUGCCCAAAACGACCUUGCCCAUCUCGACGGUUUCCUUCGAUUCUUCGGAAAGGAGGUUCUCUACAAGAGCGUGAACGGAAAGAGCCACCACGCAGAGGUCGACGCCCUACUGAAGUCCGUUCUGUCGAACGCUGGCUGGAAGUUCUCACGAUCGAUGACGCUCCUCGACUCGGAGUCGAUCAUCCCCACCGGAACCGGUCUCCCGUUGGUCGUUGCCGUCAACGCCACCGCCUCGCUCGACGUGGUUCUGAAGGCCAUGCCCCCGCAAGGACAACGAAACUCGAAGUUCGUCGCUGACGCCCGCUGUGCACCUUCGCUCGCCGUACGUUUCGGAGUCUCGAUGAUGACGAAGGCGCCGAAGACCACGUCCGGAAUCAGGAUGGUCGUCACCGGUUCCUCUCAAUGGGAUCUCAGUGGACGCAUCAACGUCGACUUGUCGGACUCCCGAAUGAUUCGCAGUAUCCAGAUCGAUGCCCCCCGUGACCGUUCUGACAUCAUCGACAUCAAGUCGGACGUCUAUCUCGUCGGUGCCAGCUCGCAGCGCGGAAUCGAAGCAGCCGGAACCCAAAAGAAAAAUUGGCAAUGGUGCUCCGGAAGGAACACUCAUGUUGUGACCGGACACGAAGCCUGCGUGACCGUCUCGUACCCCGAAGCGACCCGCGGCAGCGACGCCCCCCACGUUCUGCUCAGGGGCCCGAGCCGUUUCAACGUCAAUUGGAUCAAGACCGACAAGUCCCUGAAGAUGUUCCAGAUCCAAUCGUCUUUCAUCUACGGACAACGAGAACUUCUUGAGCUCGCCUUCGAGAUGGACACCCCCGGCUCAGAAGUCGACCGCAAGUUCCAGGGCAGGCUCUACAGCAAUGUCCGCGAUCACAAGUUCGGUCUCGACCUGAUUUCCCCGAUGAAGAAAAUCAACCUCGAAGGAACCUACCAGGAAACGCCCUCCAACAAGAAGACACAAUUCCUCGUGAAGAUCGACGGAGCCACCGAGAUGUCCGUCGUCGGAAAUAUGGACGUCAAGCAGGGCCGCACCAUGAUCCUGAGUCCCGUCGUCGAAGUGUUCUGGCGCAACGAGCGCGUCAUGCGGGUCAAGUCCGAGAUCGCUUCCAACGGAAAUCAGAAACUCGACGGCGAAGUAGAGAUCCAAUCGAUCUGGAAUCAGAGACCCAUCAAGAUCGACGGGGAGUAUUCCAUCGUGAACAAGGACAGGCGUCUCAGCCUCGGAUUCGAUUCCGCCUGGCUGCAGUCCAAGAUCCAGUCCAAACUGACGACUAAUCAGGGUCGUAAUUGGGACGUGUCCGCGGAAGGCGACUACAGCUACCGGCAGGGUCCGAAGAACACUUUCAGCAUCGGCGGUAAAGUGAUCGACGACCACGACACGAUCGCUAUCGAUGGUCACGUGAACAGGAACGGCGUUUCGUACGCGUCGGGCCGAGGAAAACUCGCAUGGAACCUUCCCGCCAACUUCGACAUGGCCUUCGAUUUUCUCGAGGGUCGCUACAAGGGCGCCCUGGGCAUCGCCACCGAAAACGACGAGAUCACCCUCACCGCCAUGGGUUUGAAGGACAAGGAGAAAUACGCGACUUCGAUCAAGUUCCAGCAGAUGCCCCGUUUGACCUCUUUCACCGGGAAAUUCGACCUCCCCAACAACGUCGAAAAACAAUUCUCGCUCCAAUACGAUCUCGCCAGUCCCGUCAAGAGAGUAGUCUUUGAAACCGACCUCGUCGGCAAGACGUACAGCGCUCGGAUGUCGUACACGCCCACUGGAUAUUCUCACAAGAUCAGCGCUUUCGUUCCGUGA